GCAGGCGGACUGAGGGCGGCAGGCGGGGCCGCGCAGCCCGUAAAAGCUGCUCAGGCCCGGGCUCCGCACCGACAGCGGCGACCAUGGCGCGUCUGCCCCUCUCUCUGGCAAUGGGCCUGGCUCUGCUCGCGAUCUGCCUCCUGGCGCUGUCUCCCGACGUCCGCGCCCAGCCGCGGGACCGCAGGACUGGAGAACGCAAGAACCUGUCCACCAACGACCCGCAAGUGCAAAGGAUGGCGCAGACGGCCGUGACCACCUUCAACAGUGGCAGCAACAGCGUCUACUACUUCCGCGAUACCAACAUCAUCAAGGCGGAGAGACAGCUGGUGGCUGGUGUCAAGUACUACCUGACCAUGGACUUGGAGAGCACAGCAUGCCGGAAGACCAGGGUCUCUGGAGAUCACCUGGACCUCACCACCUGUCCCUUGGCCACAGGGGUGGAGCAGGAGAAGCUGCGCUGUGACUUUGAGAUCCUUGAAGUCCCCUGGAAGAAUUCCACUGAGCUUCUGAAGCAUAAGUGUAUGCAGCAGUAACUGGCCCUCGGGCCAGCAAUGGGAGGAACUGCACACAGGGUGGAGGGCACUGCUGGGCCCCAGGCCACAUGUGCUGCAAUAAACAACCAGCACUGCUUCUUGUA